AUGUCUCUGAUCAAGAUCGAUGGCUCAGUAGAAGAACUGCCUCCAGACAAACCAACGAUAAAAGCGGAGAAAGGAUGGUAUGCGUCAGGUGACUCACUCAGAGCACAAUGCUCGUCACCACCGGCAGACCCUCCUGCCAACCUGACGUGGUUGCUGAAUGGAAGAGAUAGAAUUCUUCCAAGUCCAGUGGUGUCAAUAGAUGCUCCCCACAGCUUCAGAAGUACUGCAACUCCUGGUGAUGAGCACAACAACAUCAUAUUCAGCCCUUGGAAGGCCUUUGGACCCUUUGUGGAUACCAUACAGGAGGGUGAAUUAUUACCAAGUCAAGACACGGUCGUGUUGCCUUCACCCAGGCAUCACGACAGCUCUAUAGAUGAAGACGCCACAGAUCCUAUGCCGACUGUAGCGGCAUCUAAUAAGGUUGCUUCAAUAAGCCAAUUAUCCUUCAUGGUGAGGCCAGACAGCUUCGAGCGAGGCCAGUUACGACUGACCUGUAUCUCCACAGUCCACUCGGUGUACAGUGAACAAGCCGAGCUGGUCAUCAAUGAGGAGCGGCCUCAGAUCGCUUCGGUCCUUGGAACCAGGGAUUCAGCAGGAGGUAAGGAUAAUUCUAAAUUGAAAAAAUCUUUAGAAUUUAUUAGUCUAUAUAGCUAG